UAACCUUAUAAUUCGCAAAUCCGACCUGUUGCCCAUUUCUUUAACAAGAUAUCGAAUAGCUCUUCACAUGGCUGUCGACAAACUUGUCUCUCAUCCAGGUGCCACAAUCUGAGAGUACAGCAUGGCGGCUCCCAGCUUGUUCAGAAGCCAAUUAUUGGCGUUGCUGAGGAAGAAUCUCAUGGUCAUCAUUGUCCGCUCUUGGAUUUCGACUCUCAUCCGAGCUGCCAUCCUACCCGUUGCAUUCGUUGCACUACUGCUCUGCAUCCCGAAAUUCACAGCGCGUCCUUCCAAGCUCAAUGGCCACUCCGACGUCACGUCCGUCCGGUCGCUUGCCGAAGUGAUGGGAUCAAAACCUCUUGUCCUCUACAGAGAUCCAGGAGUAGGUCCUGAUAUCGACCACGUUAUCGAAACCAUCACCAGCCCACUCGACGCGGACCUCGUCAAGUUUCUCGAUCGUGUCGACGAUGUCGAUACCGUCUGCCCAGUCGACUUUGAUGGCAACUCACCUUGCUUUGCCAUGGUUCUUUUCAACGACUCUCCCCUCAGUGGCAGGGUGAACGCCAGCUGGGAAUAUGUCAUACGCGUCGACCCGGGCAUACAGAUGUGGUCACCCAACAUUUUCGACAAGAAUAACGCGUACAACAACUUGCAGCUACCUCUCAUCACCACCAUCGAGAAUGCAAUGCUGAACUCAACCACCAAGUACGACACGAUGCUAUACACGACUUACAGCCAGAGUGUCGAACAGGCCGCAAAGUACGCGCGGAUAGAUUAUUUGACGAUGUGCCUGUUCAUUAUCAACUUCGCCUUUUACGUCGCUAUCGCCUCUGUAGCCCAUCACAUUAGUUGUGUGAUUUGUGGAGAUCGCGCAUCCGGGAUGUCGCAUCUCAUCGACGCGAUGGGUGGAGGUGCAGCAUGGGCUCGCGUGCUCUCAAACAUCUUAUUCUUUGAUGCCCUGUACCUGCCCCUGUGGUUGAUCAUGGCCGGCUUAUUUCAAGCUCUUCUGUUCCAACAUGUCAACUUUGGUCUCACCCUGGCAUGGAUGGUCCUCUCCGGUCUGGCUACCGCAAGCUUCAGCGCGUUCCUGGCAUCCCUCUUCAGAAAAGGAUCUCAGGGUCCUCUGGUGGUCGGUAUCAUCGUCCUCGUUCUCGCAGUUGGCGGUGCCAUGUCAGAGAGCAUGCAGAACGUCAGCAUGGGUAUGAUCCUGGGCCUGGGUGCUGUCUUCCCCCCUAUGGAUUUCAUCUUUUUCUUCAACUUCCUGUUGAGAUCAGAAAUUGACGAGCUGGAUGUCAUCGCGACUCAACCACUCCCCAUCGAUGAGUACAGCUGGGGACCAACGAGAGUGAUGUGGUACAACGAGAUCGGGUGUUACCCAUUCCUCAUCUUCCUCACUGUCCACAUUUUCCUAUUCCCGUUCCUAGCCUGGCUAGUGGAGUCCAAAGUCCAUGGAAACAACCGUGUGCGCAGAAGCUUCGACACUUCUCCCGAAGGAGAAGGAUCACAUGUAGCUAUCCGAACCACUGGUCUCGUCAAGCACUAUUCCCCAAGCCUCUGGCGCAUGAUCUUCUGCUGCGGACGCGGCAAAACCGUCAAGGCUGUCGAUGGGCUUGAUUUGAUCAGCCACAAACGUCAAAUCAUGUGCCUCCUUGGUCCUAACGGAAGCGGGAAGACCACCACCCUGGAAAUGCUCGCAGGCUUCCAAGCCCCGACUGCUGGAUCCAUCGAGUUCAACGUCUCGCCUUCCUCAAUUGGAAUUUGUCCUCAAAAGAACACCAUGUGGGACAAUCUGACCGUUCGCGAACACCUCACGAUUUGGAACAUUCUGAAAGGGAGCGCCGAUAAUGCUUCUAGCAUUGACGAACUCAUGGAGACUUGUGACCUCACGCAGAAGAAGGACAAGCUGGCACGGAGCCUUAGCGGCGGCAUGAAGCGAAAGUUGCAACUUGCUUGUAUGCUGGUCGGUGGCAGCUCCGUCUGCCUGCUCGACGAAGUGACCUCUGGGCUUGAUCCGAUAUCGCGCCGCGUCAUCUGGAAUGCUAUUCUCCGAGAGCGUUCGCGUCGCACCAUGAUACUUACGACCCAUUUCCUCGACGAGAGCGAGGUAUUGUCCGACCACAUUACAAUCUUGACUUUGGGCAAGAUGAAAUGCCAGGGCACACCGGCUGAGCUCAAGAGUGAAUACGGCGGCGGUUACCGGGUACACAUACCAAAAACGGUAGACGUUUCUAGGGUCGAUUUGGCCCUCACGGAAAAAAGUGAUCGGUACAUUGCCACAACGCCUGACUCGGUGGCUGCUUCGAAACUCCUUGCGUCCCUCUCCUCUGAGGGUGACGAUUCCCAGCUGUACAUGACCGGCCCCACGAUUGAGGAUGUCUUUCUCAAGGUGGCAGAGGAGCCGCAUACUCUGGCUGGCGAAGCCAUCGACGCCCUUUCUCAGAGUGAGUCUUUGACCACAGUCACAAACACCGCGCCAGGGAAACGAACGCCGAAGUCCCUGUCUCUCACGAGCCUUUAUUCCAACCAACUCCGCGCAUUCCUGAUUAAGCGAAUCCUUGUGCUGCGUUCGUACUGGUGGGCGUACAUUCUGGUUUUGUUCCUGCCCAUAAUCAUCACCUGGGGUGUUCGCGGCUUCAUCAUGGACCUGCGAACCAACCUCAAGUUUGAUCCUCCCAAGUGCGAGACUCUGGUGAUCCGUGAGCCCGGCUACGACAGCGAGCUAAGAUUCUAUUCGAUGGGGUAUUUGGCUCUCGGGCCACAAACCGUCAACGAGUCGACCGCGGAUGCCAUCGCGGACAUGAAUGGCGGUUCCCUCUACCCAAGCUACUCAUAUUCUGGCUGGGAGUACGGGCCCUUCGUUUACAACAGUCGACAGGAUCUGAUAGACUUUGUUCUCUCGCAUCCCAACAACGUAAGUGAGGGAGCAAUCUGGCUGGGCGAGAACCCCCUGCUCAUGAUAAGCGACACCGGCGGAGGCGGUGACAUCCCACACCUCGCCAAUGCUGUCCGGAGUAACACGACGAUCACGGCAAAAGUUGGCACGCUUGCCGGCUGGCGCCCUGCAACAGUCGGCCUCUCAUUCGUCUACAUCACCGUCAUCUCCCUGGCGAUGUUCCUGUACCCAUGCUUCUUUUCUCUCUAUCCAACAUAUGAGCGGAAGUCCCAGGUUCGCGCGUUGCAGUUUUCCAAUGGUGUGCGGCCGCUGCCUCUGUGGCUAGCAUAUCUCCUGUUCGACUUCACUUUUGUGCUCAUCAUCGCAGCCGCGUGUACCGCAGUCAUGUCCAUGACUGCCAACUGGUUCAGCAUUGGCCAUGUUUUCCUGGUCCUGGUCUUGUUCGGCAUAGUCGCCAUUGAGAUCGUCUACCUUAUCACUCUGAUCUCACGGUCCGAGGUCGCAGCGUUUUCGCUUUCUUUCCUGUUCAUGGCAAUCAUGUAUGUUGUUGCCGUGGUGUCCAUGGUUACUGUCGACGCUGCGAAGGACAAGGUUGCCUCGAACGGCAUCGCAUUUGGCCUUGGCCUCAUCUUCCCGGUAUUGAAUCUGUUCCGCUCGCUGGCAGUUGGUCUAAACACCUAUUCCAUUCGCUGCCAGGGUAGUGUAGAGAUUACCGAUCCAAGCUCGAUCUACGCUUACGGCGGGCCAAUUAUGCUUCUCAUCAUCCAGAUUAUUGGGUACGGUUGCUUCCUGCUCUGGGUUGAAGGGAGCACCUUUGCCUGGCUGGCAAUGGUGUUGAAGCCGAGGGUUGGGGGAGCCGACACAGACGACGAGAAGCAAGCAGGCAAGAGGAUGUCUGGCAGACCCGACGUCGACGCCGAGACAAAGCGAGUAGAGGAGACGGAGACGGAUCUGCUGCGCCUCCUCCACGUCACUAAGCAGUUUGGCAGCGGCGCGAAUGCCAACGUUGCCGUUGACAAUGUGUCGAUUGGUCUUCGCGAGGGCGAGAUCCUCGCCCUCCUCGGCCCCAACGGUGCCGGCAAGACGACGGCCAUCAACUGCAUCCGUGGCGACCUCAACCCGUCCCAGGGCCGUAUCCUGCUCGAGGGCGUCGACACGCACAAGGACGUCCGCCUUGCGCAGCAGCGCCUGGGCGUGUGCCCGCAGUUUGAUGCCCUCGACCUCCUCACCGUCCGCCAGCACCUCCGCUUCUACGCGCGCUGCAAGGGCGUCGACGACAUUGAGAACGACGUCAAGCAGGUCAUGGCGCAGGUUGGCCUGACUGUCCACGCUGACAAGCUGGGCUCCAAGCUCUCUGGCGGCAACAAGCGCAAGCUGUCCCUGGCGAUUGCGCUGCUCGGCGACCCCCCUGUACUUCUGCUCGACGAGCCCAGCUCGGCCAUGGACGCCGCCAGCAAGCGUGUGCUCUGGAAGGUCCUGCACGCCGUGGCCCCCGGGCGCAGCAUCCUCAUGACGACGCACAGCAUGGAGGAGGCCGACGCUCUGGCGACCCGCGCGGCCAUCGUGGCCAAGCGCAUGCUCGCCGUCGGGAGCACGCAGGAGCUGCGCAAGGCUCACAGCAACGAGUACCACGUCCACCUGAUCCUCAAGACCGCGCCCCUCUCGCCGGCCGACGAGAUGGCCGGCGUCGCGCGCUGGGUCGAGCAGACCUUCCCGGACAUCCACUUCGAGGGCGAGAACCUGGGCGGGCAGGUGCGCUUCAUCGUGCCCGCGGACACCCCGGUGCCCGAGCACGUUCAGCGGGCCGAGAAGCACCGGAGCUUUGUCCGGUACAUGAUUGACACGCUCGAGGCGCGCAAGGAGGAGCUCGGCCUCGACUGCUACACCAUCGGCGCGGCGACCAUGGAGAGCGUGUUCCUCAGCGUGGUCAAGGAGAGCGACGCCUGGGACGAGGAGGAGGACAAGAGGCGGCCGUGGUGGAAGAUGUUUGGCAAGACGAUUUGAUCCUUUUUUUUUUCUUUUGCUUGUCAAUUUUCUCCUCCGACUGGACGAUUUCCCUAGGAACAACAGGGGGAAGUGCGAGAUCCCGGAAAGUGCUCGGCGGAAGUCUUAAAAUCCUGAUUUGUUUAUGUUAGCUUUGCGCAUUGUGUAUGACCUUGUAAUUAUGCACCGAUACCACCAUCAUUGCCGUGGCGAACACGAUUCUUGCUUUCAAGUCCCCGUGGCUCUGUGUCCCCAUAAGUCACGCUCAAG